AUGGAUGGGUCGAAGCAAUCCCAGCGGACUGCGGAGGAGGUGGAGCUGGCACUGGAGGUGCUGAACGACGAGCUGGCCGGGGCCUCCCCGUUGGACCGCCCGUCACUUGAACUCGCAACGCAGGCGUUGACAGAUCGUCUUUUAGAACUGCGGAAACAACAGAGGGGAACCGGAAACCCUCCUGAGACGGGAGAAGUAAGCAAGCAGAGCACCCAUGAGUACUCGUCCUCCCUUCAGGCCGUCGUCUUGGGCGACGGCAAACAGAAGUACACUCUGAUCAAAAUACCGAAGCAAGACGAUAUGCAUGGCGACAUUUACCUUGUACGUGGAGACCCCAAGGCGGAGUACCACUACCAAACGGCAAUAGACACACUGAAUGCUCUCCAGUCGAGGAACAUCUUGUCAGACGUCACGGGUGGAGGCCGCAUGGAUGUAUUACGGGCUGAGAAGAAGGUGGAGAUCUACGGCUAUUCGUAUCAGUACGGGGCGGCUGACCAUUCGAUCACGGCAAAGAUGGUUAAGGAGUACUUGGGCGACGAGUUCAUCGUCUCGUUUGGCAACUACGGCUAUUAG